GAUUGUCUCAUGACUUUACUCCAUAAGAUGAAAAUUCCUAUCUUGUCUGAAAUACACACCAAAUCAUCAUAUUGACUAUAUAGAAUUCUCAAAAGUUAUCUUUACAAGUUGAUCUAUUGACUUCACCAUGUCAGAGAUCAGAUUCAGCAAUCUCACUUGGGAUCACAUCAUAACACUGGAUCGAGUGUUAGAUGAAGUAAUCCCAGUUCAUGGAAGGGGUAAUUUUCCCACGCUGGAGGUAAAACCAAAAGAUAUUGUUCAUGUUGUGAAAGUCCAACUCAUAAAGCAGGGCAUUAUUGUUAAAGAUACCAGAUUGAACGGCUCCACAGCAAGUUACAUACUCGCAAGCCACAAUGGAAUCAGCUAUAAAGAUCUGGACAUUAUUUUUGGUGUUGAUCUACCAAGUGAUGAAGAAUUUCAUGUUGUUAAGGAUGCAGUUCUAGGUUGUCUUCUUGACUUCUUACCAAAAGGUGUUAAAAAAGAAAAGAUUACCCCAAAAACCAUGAAAGAAGCAUAUGUGCAGAAAAUGGUUAAAAUUUGCAAUAACCAGGAUCGUUGGAGUCUCAUCUCUCUUUCAAAUAACACUGGAAAGAAUGUAGAACUAAAAUUUGUGAAUUCUCUCAGGCGACAAUUUGAAUUUAGUGUAGAUUCUUUCCAAAUUCUUUUGGAUUCCAUGUUAGAUUUUUAUAGUGUCCCAAAUGCUAAGCUAACCAAAGAAUCCUGCCCUGUUGUGGUGGCUGAGAGUAUGUAUGGGGACUUCCAAGAAGCAAUGAUACAUUUGAAAUACAAGCUUAUAUCUACCAGGAAGCCUGAAGAGAUAAGAGGUGGUGGCCUUUUGAAAUACAGCAAUUUGUUGGUUCGUGACUUCAAACCAGCUUGUAAAACAGAAAUUAAGACUCUGGAACGUUAUAUGUGUUCUAGAUUUUUCAUUGACUUUCCUGAUGUAGCAGAACAGCAAAAGAAAAUUGAAUCAUACCUCCGCAACCAUUUCAUAGGUGAAGAAAAAAACAAGUAUGACUACCUUAUGACCUUGCAUGGAGUUGUGAACCAAAGUACUGUCUGCCUCAUGGGUUAUGAAAGAAGGCAGACUCUUAACAUGAUCACCCUUUUGGCUUUGAAAGUACUUGGAGAACAGAAUAUUUUACCCAGUACAGACAACGUAACUUGCUUCUAUCAACCUGCUCCAUACCUAGUUCUUGAGAGAGGAUACCCCAGUUAUUAUGUAGCAUCUGGGCCGCCAUUUGUUUAUUACCAGCCAUGUCCUCCAUUGCGGUUUCCUAUGCAAAAUGGUAUGAUGUGAGAAAUACACAUACCAGAAGUUUUGCUUCAGUACCUCUGAAAAGCGAUUUUCUAAAUUCUAUAAAAGUUAAGAUCUAUUUUUUGUGUAUUUGCCAACUAUUUUUCACCAAUUGCAGCUUAAGUCAUCAUAGAAGAGAAGGUAUCAUCUCUACACUGUCAUUUUUAAAUGAUCAUCAAAUGUUUUGACUAUAAAAUACUUCAAAUGUAGUAGAACAGUUGAAAUGACUUUUACAAUCUUACUGAGUUAAGACUUAAAAUUUGCUGUGACAGUAUGUUAAUGAUGCAAGCACUUUUGGUAUUAAAGAACACUUCUUAUGUUUUAAAACGAAGUGUAGUGGAGAUACAUUACAACAUUUUUAUGUUGUCAGUUCCUUGUUGCAACUUUUUCCCUUAGCAGAUAAUAACAGUUCUUAAAAGGAACAUAUAUAAUUUCAAAGAUAACAAAUUUAAGUGUUGUUAAAACAAUGGGUUGUAAACCUUUGUUUCCCAGUAAAAUUUGCUGGGUUGAAAACACUACUAAAGGUUGAAGGACUUCUGGGGAAGAAAUGCUCUGGAAAACAGUAAUUUGUCCUCCUCAUCAUAAAAAUUUAGCUAAUCUGAGGAUCGAAAAAAAAUAACCUUGCAGCUGAACAACCAAGAAGAUAUCUUGAAUGCAGGUUUUUGGUUUGUUU